CGAUCGCGAAAAAGAAACAGUGUGCUACAACAUGUGGUUCUGAGGUGCUCUAAGCAAAAUCGAUUUUUCAAUCAUCUCUCAUCAAAUUUAACUGUCAAACAAGAUGGACGACGAAAUGAGCGAAUAUCUAAACAAAAUGCAAAUCAAAGAAACAUCUGAAUUGUAUGUUCGAUGCAGUACAAUAUGCUUCGAUCGAUGUGUUAGCAAUUUUACUUCACGUAAAUUAAAUGAUAAGGAGACCGAAUGCGUCAAUAAAUGUACAGAAAAAUUCGCCAAAAUGAACCAACGUUUAACACUUAGACUAUUUGAGUUGAAUCGUGAAGAACUAGUUAAACAGUAAAACAAAAGCAAAUAUUCACCUCAGUAGCUGUACAUAAAUUUGUUGACCUCGUUGCUCGUUUUAGAGUUUUAUCGUGUUGAAUAAAACUUCGAGUUUUG